AUGGCGAUGCAAGUAUGUAAGAAUCUCAUCCUUGGAACAAUUGUCCUGUUGACCUGGAUAUCUGCUGAGCGACGUCGAGCAUUAGUUUUAUUAAGUUUUUAUUUUUCAGCCCAAUCCAUCGACUGUUUCAAAUGCGUCUCAAUGAACGGCCAUUUCUCGCCGUGUGACGAUCCUUUCCACAACAACCACUCUCUCAACAUGCUGGAGUCCCCCUGCAUGGGGGGCAGAAAGGGGAGGGAUGGACUAUUUCCAGCCACGUCGUGUAUCAAGAUAGCUGGAGUUUUUGAUGAUACCGGAGAGUCGAUAACAGUGAGAGGCUGCGGUCUGGACUCCGGCACAGCGACCACCGACACCGAGAUCAUACGCAUGUCUCACUGCGGUAGAUUUUAUUAUAAUGAUAGAUACGUCCACGGCUGUCUUCAGAGCUGCAACGACGCCGAUGCUUGCAACACGGCACACCGGAAAUCCGUCUCCGCGAAUAUUUUAGUGACAUAUCUCAUUUCAGUGUUGCUAACACACGCCGUAGCGAGCUAACAUAGAUUAUAAAUUAUUGAAAUGCUUAGAACGGCUUGGCUUUGUAAUUUUUGUAAUUUUACAUGCUAAGUAGGUUAAUAAAUAUUAAAACUAGUUAUUUAUAGUGAUGGACCGCUUCGAUGGCGGAAUUAUCUGAAAAUAAAAUAAUAAAUCGAAAGCA